CACGCUUUUGUUCAAACUCAGAAGUCAGACAGUCAGUCCCGUACAGAGGUGCGCUCUUACGUUACUUUAACAGAUGUUCAUAAAAGGCUGAUAGCAACAGUAUGGCUCUUGUCAAACACAUUCAAAUCGAUGUACUUUUAACCUUUACUUCACAGUUUUGGAUGCUAAGUUAGUUUUUUUUUUUUUUGUACUUCGCUUGUGUGAAGUUUUUCAAAUAGGGACAGCAAGGUGUCGCGAGCGAAGCAACUGGAGACCUGGAAGAAGAAGAAGAGGAGGGGGGGAGGAUUUUCUUUGAAACACUUCUUCUGGCGGCUGUGUCGGUGUACGACCGCUGCCAUGUACAGCUUCUAGACAUGUUCCAUGCUCUUUGACAGACACGAGAGAGUGAGCUUAUGCUACCCUUCAUCCUCCUCGCUGGAUAAUCUAUGGAGAGGGUGUCCUGUUCUCUCUCACGCAGCUCUUGGAGUUACUUGCGGCUGAGACUACACCGUGAGCUUUGAACUGAAUCGACCUGGAUAGUAGAAAACGACUCACUUAACCUCAUUUGAAUGCCUUUGCAAGGAGUUUGCUGGUUUCUGUGCUGCAGGCAGGGCUUCAGUUUGCUCGGACGGGACUAUGGGGAGAAAGAGGAGGAAGAAUCUUUUGAAUUGCGCAACAAAGAGGACUUGACUCCCAAUGGACGGAGUCCAGCUGAGGUGACUGUUUCUCAACCAACUCGCACAGCCAAUGGAACAAAUGGGCACACUGUCUCUGAGGUGUCUGAAGAGAUGAAGAGCCUGAUCAUCGAGAAGAAUAAGAUGGGCCUGGAGGAAGAGCCAGAACUGCUGGUCAAAGGGUGGCUGUUGCGGGAGGUGCGAGGAAACUGGAUUAAGCAGCGCCGGUACUGGUUUGUGCUGAGCCAGGACUCACUCGACUACUACAGCGGACCAGAGAAAGGAUCCCGCAGACUGGGCACACUGGUCCUCACCAACCUCUGCUCUGUCAUCUGGCCCGACAAGCAGACCUACAAGGAAACAGGCUACUGGAGCAUCACAGUAUAUGGGCGGAAGCACUGCUACAGACUAUACACCAAGCACUUCAAUGAGGCUGUGCACUGGGCAUGUGCCAUCCAGAAAAUAAUUGAUACCAAAGCACCAGUGGAAACGCCAACACAGCUCCUGAUCCGAGACAUCGAGGAGAAUAAGUUCAACCCCGAGGUAGUGGAGCACAUCUACCAGCACAACCCCAUCCUGAAGUACACCCAGGGCCCCCUGUAUGCCCCUCUGCUUCCCUUCCCCUAUGGCAGCCUGGAGCACACAUACCACAGCGGGAAAGGCUACGGCUCGGUGCGUGAGGAGGCCGUGAAGCUCUUCAACUGCCUGCAGCAGCUGGAGUCGGCACGGGAGCCGGUUCCCAUUAUCCAGGGAGUGCUGCAGACCUGCCUGGACCUGCGGCCCCUCCGCGACGAGGUCUACUGCCAGCUAGUGAAGCAGACGAGCUACACGCCUGCCCCGUACACUGCCGCACACCUCCGCUACUGGCAGCUUCUCACCUGCAUGAGCUGCACCUUCCUGCCUGGGCCAACUGUGCUCAAGUACCUGCGAUUCCACCUCAAGAGGAUUCAGAGCCAAAGUCCUGAGUCUGAGAUGGAUAACUAUGCGUCAUUCAUCAGCGAGGCUCUGGAGAAGACCAAGUGUCGGGAGUGUGUGCCAUCCUGGGAGGAGAUCCAGAUGCUGAUGAGCAGACAGGAGAUGCUGUGCACUGUGCACUAUCCUGGCCCUGGGUCCUGCCAGCUCUACAUCAGCUCACACACCACUGCCAAUGAGGUGGUCCGAAGGAUGCAGGAGAAGCUCGGUCUGCAAGAGAGCAAAAACACGUUUGCACUGUACGAGCAGAACGCACUGUGGGAGCAGCCGGUGGCGGGCAGCGCUCUGAUCGCAGACAUCCUGACCAGGUUUGAAAACUUCUCCACCAAAGAGUCAGAGUCGAAAUCCCAAUGGAAACUGUGCUUCAAGCUGUACUGCCUGUUGGAUGCCGACAGCAUAUCAGUGGACAGCAUUGAGUAUCUCUUCCUCUUUGAGCAGUGCCACGAGAUGGUCGUGCGUGGCCAGCUGCCAGCCUGUGAAGAGGACCUGCAGGCCUUAGCUGCCCUGAGGCUUCAGUGUCUGAUGGGUGACUUCAGCACGCACGCCCCCUGCCCGCCUCUGGACGAGCUUUUCCCAGGUCACAUGCUCGAAGCUCGGGUCCUCAUGUCCCUCUCUUCCCCGCAGGCCCUGCCACCUUGUCUGGUGGCGGCUCAGGGCUGCCCGACGACACAGCGCUUCCCCACGGGCCUCCUGGCGGGGACGCUGUGGAGCCACACGGCUACAGCGGCACACAAGCAGAAGGUGGAGCAGGACAUGCGCCUGCGGAGCCGGCUGAAAGAGGAGGCAGCGGCUGUCAUGGGAUCCAUCUUGGAGCGUUGGAAAGGUCUGGCCGGCUAUAGCCGCAGGGACAGUAUGGCUGCCUACCUCACAAUUGCACGCCAGUGGUCGGGCUUUGGAUGCACUCUUUAUGAAGUGGACUUUUAUAUUAGUUCGACAGGGAGUUUUUCCCAGAAGCUGUGGCUGGGUGUAGCUGCUACAUCCGUGUCUCUGUAUCGGCAGGGAGAAGCAGAGGCCCUCGAGUCCUUUCCUUAUGGCCAGAUCUGCUCCUACGGUGUAUCUGACAGCAACACCUUCAAGAUCACAGCUGGGGAUCGGGAUCUGCUAUUUGAAACCACCAAGCUGACUGAGAUCAUGCAGCUGAUGAAUGCAUAUUUCAGUGCCAUCCGUCGCCAGCGAGGGAAAGGGGAAGAUGCGGACAUCACCAUAGCAGAAAGCACAGAGAUGGGCUUCCAUCACCUGGCCUCGACGCCGACGCCAACCCUCUUGGAGCUGCCCUCGCACCCUGUUUGAGAGGGACCCAUUACCCGGACACCCUCCCAACCCCCCUCCACACCAUCCUCCUCCACGUGGCCCCUAUGAGGCCCAGUCCUCAGGACCCCGCGCCUCCUCCGCUGGGAACGGCACGGCAGCCAAAACAAAGAGAGGGCUGUUUUCGCUCCCCAUCCGUGAAAAUAAACCCUCGCUGAGCUUUCCAGCUGAAGGAGCUGGCCGAUGGAGGAGGGAGGGUGUAGGAGCGGGAGAGGACGGAGAAGGCAAGGGGUUCUGUUUUGCAAGUGAGGCCAAAAACCCACAGAAACCAAUGCGGUUGCUGAUGAGGUGUCACACACCCCCACACCCUAUCCUGUCACGCAACCACCUCUGUUACCCUACAUGGCAACACCCCCCCACCCCCACCACCACCACACCCCGCCCCACCUUCAGCACACCCCCUCGACAAUGUGAGAAGUUGGCGUGAGCCUUGCUACAUCAGGGAGAGAUAGCAUCACAAGAGUUAGGACUUGUGGCAAUAAUAAGCUGUGGUACUCUCCUCAUGAAGGUAUGGCCUAGAGUGAAAACACUACUCUCUCUCUUCUCUCUCUCUCUUCCUCCCUCAAAGUGCGCCAUAUUUGUAUUACCUUUCCUAGAAGGCAGUAGUCCCUCAUGCACUGCUGGAAUAGUGUUGAGAACAUUCAGUGACAAACCCUGCCCUGUCUUUGGCUCUCUGUCACACACACACACACACACAAACACACACUGACUCACUCUCUCACGUGCCCUUAUGCUGACAUGUUCAUCAGAGACAGUUAGUUUUCAUAAGGUCCCAGCCGGGCUUGCAUUACCUGGAACUGUUGAUGCAGUGAGCCAUGUGAACUUGGAACUGGAAACAGAUGUUGAACUCUGUAGCUAAGUCACUCUGGCUGCCACGGCCGUAUAGACUCUUACAUAUGGGAUUAUCAGUUGUGUGUGUGUGUGUGUGUGUGUGUGUGUGUGCGCAUGUGUGUGUGUGUGUGUGCGCGCGUGUGUUUGUGUGUGUGUGAGUGAGAAAGAGAGAGAGUCUGUGUGCGCCCUUGUGUAUGUGGAUGUGUGUAUUUGAUCAAGAAAACCCAUUUCCUGAAUGACACAUUCAGGAUCUGGGUUAAUUGUGUUUCACAGAAACCAAAGGCUUUUGGAGCUGUUUGUACAUUGUUUCCACCAAAUGCUCUGAUUUGUCCUUUGUUGUGCUGCUUUCUCGACAUGAACCUUGGUUAACACUUGACUGAUUGGAUAAUUGUGCUUAUGUCAGUUACUCUUCUAAUGCAGCUCUACUCUGCUGAAAAUAACAGGUGCUUCUCUGUUUCAUUAUUGUUAUUUUCACAAUGUAUAUAUCAUUGAAGAAAUUGAACCUAGAGUACAACCCAGAGUCAGUGAUGUGGAUCGAAGUGUCACCAUAUUUACCAUGUGUGGUGCCCCAUCUGUCCCUCUGCUAUUUAAACAGAAACCUUUCAAAUCAGGCCAUUAAUGCUUUUGUAUUGUUAUUUAUGCAGACUUUGCUAUUUUUUACUGUCCUUUAUGUCUUAAACGCAGACCCAGGUGCAUUUUGAUUUUAGGUUUGCUUUAAUUGAUCAGAGCCAUGAGUGCUUCUGGUUAAAGCAGUUCAGAUGUGUAAAUCCUGUGUAGCUCCCUCCUUAUGUUCAUUAUUUUAGUAUUCUUGUGAAACCAAAGUUUCGCCAAGUCAUGGGUUUGAGCAUGGACCAAAGAUUUUCUUUUUUUUUUAAACAAGCUUUUAUAACAAGAAAUUAUCGUAAAGCAGACAGUCCCCCCCCAACCCAAUUUAUAUUUGACUGUUGUCCCAUUUAUUUACACUUGAAUAUCUCUUGUUGUAGUACAUCACACCCCUUAUUUUAUUAUAGUAGAUAACCAUUUAGGAAUCUGAGAACAAUAAUUGGUUUUGUAAAGAUAAUUUUACAGUACUGUCUGCUAUACAACCCCAUGCGGUUACCAUCCUCAAAACUAAUGUUUUCUUACCAUGGACGGCCUUGAUGAGUCAUUGCACAGUUAGCCCUGUCUCCUGCUCAGAAGCAGGUCUUUGCUUUUUUUACUGCAGCUGCAGGCAGCUCCAAGCUACAUGUAUGAAAUGACAAAAAGAAGAAAAAAAGAAAUCAAACCGUGGAUGUUGUUGCUUUGUAAUAUGCUUGUGUGUAUGCUGCACGGUACUUUUUCAUUUAAUGUGUGUAUAGUUAAUUGCACUAUUGUUUGUUUUUAACUAACUUGGAAGUGCAAUAAAAACUAUAAAUACUGUAUGUAAUUAAUAAAAACAGCACCAUUUUACCAUA